ACCCACUUCCUAACCUCGCACAGAGCACUCCUCCGUAAGAACCCUUCAUGGAGAGUGAGCCACAACGCUACUAAUAAUCACUCAGAGCUUGCGAAACAGGAACUCCCUCCAGCACCAGCUCCUGCACACUUUCCCCAACACCCGGGCCACUCCCACCGGUUGUUCUAACUUCAACAAACCCGAUAUCGAUACGCCGGUACAAAAAUACCGGAUCAUUCAGUCAACCUCUGCGUCCUGCUCUGUAUCCGCCCGCGAAGAUGCCGGAUCUUACUUCAUCUCAAACCAAGGGUGGCGGUAGUCUCGCUCGGGAGGACAGUGCGUCAAGCAAAAAAUCCAAGGAAUCGGUCUUCUCCGAGGGAUCCUCCCUCUAUCCCCCAAGUGCCAAAAAGUCUUUCAAAAAACACAAGGACACCGUCGACGAUAUUAUGAGCGAAAUCGGACAACUUCAGAUUUUCAAGUCAGGAGAUGUGCCCUUGGAGGAUUUGUUGGCAAGACCCGAUAUCCCCGAGAAUGCUACCAUCUUGCAAGAUUUUCGACAGGGCGUUAAAUCCGGUGAUAUUACAUCGCCAGUCUCUUCUCCCUGUACGCCUUCCUCCCCAUAUUACAUUUCAUGCCCCUCUAACAUUCGACCGCAGCCGUCUCCUCCAUCGUCCCUGUUAAGCCGCUACCCGAGCUUCCUGCGAGACCCAGAAAAUUGCAGCGACGUCAGAGAAAAGAUUCGGUCAAGACCCCUGUUCAUGGCGGUAUUAUAUCAUCCCCUCUCGAAGCUUCGAUGGACGUUCAUCCCGGUGAGAUUACGCGAGCGGUUACUGUGGCCGACGGCGUUCUUCAAUACAGCCCUUAUGAAUCCUUACGCUCGUAUAAGCUAUCAGAGCCCACUGUUGAGGAGGAUGGUACGCCGUUUUCCCGUCUGUAUCCGUAAAGUGAACAAUAUGUACUAAAGUGAACAGAGAAAUUGUCCGCCGAUCUCGUCGCUCAAAUUAACAAAAACACCAAGCGUGAAGGCGAGCCCACUACGCAGACCCGGGACAGCUAUACUAGUGUGUCCUCGGCUGAGUGCUCUGAGGGAACGCCUGCCGAUUUGUCUCCGGAACAGCUUCUUGCCGCCCGGAAGGAAAAUACCGAGCGCUAUGGAUGGUAGUGAUUCAACGGUUCUCUUUUGUAAAGCUUUUCUAUCAAGUUAUGGUCUUGUGUCUUUCGGAGAUGAUAUCCAACUUUUCCCACCAAAUUGGUAGAAUCCAAAUACUGGCUGGGUCGGGAUAACAGGUUGGAAAAAAUAAUUCUGUGCGGUUAGUCGAACGCUAUGUAAUUAGAAGCUCUCGAAUAUACAAGCUAUUCAGC